AUGCACGACGAAGGCGGAGAAGCGGGCGGUUCUUGCGGUCACUCAGCCGCACAACACGACGAUCCAUCCGGAGCCACCGCGCAACAAAUGUUGAACGAUUCAAUCUCGGAAGGGAUCUCAAGUCCGCAUGAAUGCGGUGGCUCGACUACGCGAAAGGAGAGCUCGCCAUUCGCGCGUUUUCCUCGCUAUAGCCACGAUUUGCGUCACCAUCCGCCAUGUGGACAUAAUUUACGGAGUAAACGUUUGAACGGGAUCUCGGUGGCGUGUCAAACCGAUUCAACUGACGAGUUUCCGAGAGAACAGAAUUUGUUGGCGGUGCGAGCCGCUCAAACGGAAGCCUCAUCCUCGUCAUCGGAAGGAGUGCUCCGAUUGAUGAUACAGAAUUUUCCGAAUAUGAACGACACCGUGCGAGGACCAAGUAAAAAGAUCAACGGGGUGCAAUGGAAGAUCAUGGUGAUGCCGAGACAACACGUCGUGCAGAAGAAAAGGCACACAGAAAUGUCUCGUGCUUGGCAAUGUCAAGCGUCGGCGGAGUUGCGUUUGAUCUCGCAGAAGCCGGGCGUCAACCAUUUCACCCGGAAAACGAAUCACAUCUACACGGCUAAGGAGAACGAUUGGGGAUACUCGUGCUUCAUGACGUGGGCGGACAUUUUGGAGGAAGACCAAGGCUAUAUCAAAGACGGUCGAGUCGUUUUAGAGGUGUCUGUUAAAGCGGACACGCCAAAAAACAUCUUGACCUAUGAGGACUUUCAAAAGCAAAUUCAAAGCUGGUACGACCUGGCGGAACUACAGCAACAGCGAGGAUUCAUCGAUUUGGCAUUGGAGGCGAACGCGCAAGCGUUGAAAUUCUGCAAAGACCGUGAUGCAGCGAUCAAAGAACGUUUGGAAGAGCAGAAGAAAUUUUUCGUCGAGCGAAAACUUGUCGAGAGUAUUCAGAGGAUCGAGCAGAAAGGUACAUUGACAAGCGUGCCGGAUGAUGAGAACGCCUCGCAAAAUGCUGUUCGAUUGGCGCUCACUCAGAACACUGCUCAGAAAAUACCAGCUGUAAAAGGAGGAAAAAUGGGAAGAAAAAAUCCGACCAAUAAAAAGAAAAAUCGUGCCUCAACUCCACCGGGCAAUCCACCAACGGAAAACAAAGAUGACAGCAAAGAUGGAGAUGAGAAAGUGGACGUGAAAAGUGGACGAUUCUCGAAGAAUGUUCUCCUUCGUGGACAUCGAGAGGAUAGUUAUGCAAAUUUGGCAAAACAAUUCUACGAGAUGCCACCAGAAGCGAUCCAGCUGGAUGAACAGGACACUAGGGACGGUUUAAGCUACAUGUUUGAUCAACUCUUUCAUGUCGCUCGUUUGGACUAUCCAAACAAAUUCAAUUCAACCCCUUUGGACAUGGAGUUACAAAGACAAUUGAUCAUCAAGAAAGCGACGAUGUUCGUUGAAGCAUAUAUGGAAAGAGUGAAUCGAGGCGAAGAUUUGGUGGAAAGUGAACCGGAAGAGGCGAUCAAUGAGAUGGAUUUGAGUAAUUUAUGGCAACCGACAUUCAAGGAAAGCACAGAGGAUCGAGCGUUUAUCAUCGAGAAGAAUAUGGGAUGGUUGGACGCAAAAGUGAGACUGUUUUGGAAUUUCAUCCAGUUGGAGGACGAUUGCUCAUUCUCUGACGGUGCUUCAUGCUCAUCGGAAAGCGAUUCGGGCAGUGGUGACGGGCCACAAUUGAAGAGGAGUCGCUGUGAUGUGGACGAGCGCUGUGAUCAUUGCAUUCUCGCCGAGAAACUCGAGCAACUCUAUUUUGUUGGACCGAAAAAAUCGGACAGCGAAUGUCAGACGGAGCCCUUCUGUGAGACGGUGGUGUUGGCACAAAAUGAGGCCGCGAAAAAGAAUCCAGCCGUUGGCGAAACAGUGCCCGUUCCAACCGUUCGCUUGAAUGCUACGCAACGCUCAAAUCGACAAAUCAAAACGGUGACGAAGAAAAACACGGCGGUUAGCGGAAAAGCUGCGGCAAAUGCUCAAGUGAUCAGUCAACAGUUGGCAGCAAUGCAACAAGCACAGCUAACACAGCCACCAAUCCCACCACCAACCUCAAUGAUGCCACCACCACACGAAAUGCUCGACGCCUCUCAAUUCGUCCAAGGAUUGGCGGCUGCCCAUUUGGCCUCAAUGCCUCCACCACCCGGGCUGAGCACUGAAGAUCUAGAGAAACAGUUCCGCGAGUGCACAAACGAGAUGCAAGUGGACGAGUCGACAAACGAGUUCUUGAAGCACACUUUCGCGAGAGUUUGGACGAUGAUGAGAGGAUUCGAUGAUCAAACGGUAAAUUCGCAACUCAACCCCGAGGUGCCGAAUGUUUACGAGGGAAAUCUCUACAAUCCGUAUCCAGGACAAGUGCUACCGAAUCAACAAGUGAACAUCGCGUUGUCGGUGAUCGCCGUGUGCUGUUUGAACGCGAAAAAAGCCGAGGAGAAGCUCAGCGCCAUCACGCAACACAUCGACAAAAAAAUCAGAAAUCCUGAUGUGCAAACAGCGUUGCGAUCCCUUUGCAAACUCGGCGACAUGGUGGUUGUCGAGGAUGAUGAGGACUCGGGAAGUCCACUUCACAAUGAAGACAAACACGGUGGAGAGGAUUAUUUGUUGUCGCGUCACUUGGCUCGUUUGGACAAUCUGCAACAGAAAGCCGAAAAAUACGCUUACUAUAUUCACAACAAAGAUGGAGAAAGAUUGAUGCAAGCAGUUGCGGCAGUCGAGCAAAAGUUCUUGACACUCGAAAAGGAGAAGGUGAAAAUGCAGAAACAAGUCGAAGAGCACAAGAAAGAGGUCGAGAAAGCGGAAAAGACUCUCACGAAACACCUCAGCGAACUCCGACAAGAAAAAGACAUCAAAGACAAGCUAAAUAAUCAGCUAAAAGAGAAAAACAAAGAGAUCAAGAAAUUCGAGAAACGAAUCAAAGAGUUGACUGUGAUGGCUGAAGAAAAGGAUGAGUUGAGAGAACAAAAGGACAAUAUUCAAAAAGAUCUCUCGGCUGAGAAGAAAAAGUAUCAGGAAUCGGAGAAUCGCUUGAAGAAGGAAACAGCCGCGAAAGAGGAGCUGAGAAGACAUCUGCAGAAUGAGAUCAAUGGGAAAGAUUCGGAGCACGCACGUUUGAUGCAAGCACACGAGGAAUUGAAGCAGCAGAUGAAGAAGAUGGAGACAGCGAUGAAUGCAGAGAAACAGAAAAUGGGACAAGUGUUGCAGCAGACACAGGAAAGGGCAAAGAAAGCCGAAUUGGUGACAAUUGAGCUUGUGUACGAGCAUGGAGUGAGGAAAUUGGAUCGAGGAAGAGAGGAUGCCACGAUCAAUAUGAAUAAGAUGGAUGAAGCGGCGACAAGAGCUGGCUCCACCGCACAACAACAAACCUUCUUGGCGUCGCGGGACGAAUGGAAAGGAGUACUCGAAGAGAUUCAACGGAUGGUUGAAAAGGCAAGAGUCGAGUAUUCGGCACAAGUGGACGCACUGAAGAAGGGAAAACAAUUGAGCGAGAUGACCAAAUUCUUGAUUCCGAAGCCACCACCCGCUCCAAAGAUCAUCACCAUUCCGUCAGCCACCCCAGCCGCCAUUCCAACACAACAACAAGUUGUGCUGCCACCUGAACCACCAAAGGCCUCACCUGGAGUGAUCGGUUCUCGCACAAAUUCCACUGCAUCCCAGCUGCCUGCACCAAUCGGCACAAAUAUCUCUCCAAAGAACAAAGCUCCCGGAUCGCCGAUUCAGAAACCGGUGGCCACCGUCGCUUCACAGCCACAAACCGCCAGUCCAUGCAGACAUCCAGGAGCUAUUGGCUCUCGUGCUAACGGCAACGAAGCAACUCCGAGCACCGCUGCCGCACCGGGAACUGCAUCAAAUCUGAACAUGGGUGGAUCGUGGCACUGGAAUGAUUUCAGUUUAUCCGACAAUUUGCUUGGAAAUCGUGGUUUUGGGCCGCUCACAGACAAUUUUUCGGCAUCAGCGUCCACCAGCACCAACCCUGCUCCCACCACCACAACGCAUGCAACGACAACGAAUGGAUGGUCGGGUGAUGGAUGGAAUCAGAAAACUCCAACCGCCGUACCCCCAACAGCAAAUCACAACUAUUUGGGUAGUUUGGGGACAGCCAGUCCGAGUUAUGCGGUUUGGGAGAAUCCCGGUCCUCGCGCCCAACAACCACCCCAACAAGCGAACAUUCCACAACCACCACAGUCUCAGCCACCGCCACACACUGCCGCUCCCGGAGCCCCGAUUCAGCAGAACCAGAGAAUCACACAGAAAUACGGUGGCGAAGAAGCGUUUAAACAUCAAACGAUCCUCGAGCAAGUCAGCGAGAUCUUUCGCCACGUCGAAAAGAAGAAAUUGGUGAACUUGUCGAACGAGUACUGCUAUCAGAACCAAACGAACUUCCAACACGAACCAAUUCCGAUUGCUGUGAAGAUCCUGGAGAAGUACAUCACACAAAAGCUGAACAACGAGACGAACGAUGCGUCGAAUCGUCGUGUGAUGGGCACUCCGAUUCAACCGCCACCCGACAUGCCCAUCAGACAAACACCUAAUCAAAUGAUGGGCACGUACAACACGAUGAUGGACAACUCGCUUCUCAACGGCGAUGCCACUCGCUCGGUGAUCGGCGCCGACAAGUGGAGUCUUCAAAAUCUC